AUGCUUAAUACACUGACUGAAGUGAACACCCAACUAGAGAACUGGAGGAAUCAACUCAAACUCAAACUCGAGGAAGUUAAGCAAGAGAAAGAAGAAAACAAAAAGAAUCUUCAGGCAGUUGAGGAAAAAAUAACUCAGAAAGACCUUUCAUCUGACAAACCCAAAGCUUUAUUAAGAGAUAAAGAAAUGUUAUUAUGGACUCAGUGGAAGCUGGACAUGAUCAAGAAAGAUACUGAGAUACAGCUACUGAACACUGAGAAACUGAAGGAGCCAAUAGAGUUUCAGCUGGAACCUCCUGUGGAUGCUGUUCAGAUGACAAUUGAGUGGGGAAAACCUGACCUAAACCCUGGAUUUGUGUUUGUGCGGCAAAAUGGACAGGAGCUUCAGACUGACCAAAACACAGCCUACAAGGGAAGAGUGUCUCUGUCCAUCGAUAAGCUAAAGCACGGAGAUGUUUCACUGAAGCUGUCCAAAGUGAAAGUCUCUGAUCGUGGAAGAUACAGAUGCUACAUUCCACAACAGAGUAAAGAAUAUUUUGUUGAGCUUCUUGUUGGUAAUCCAAGGACACAUCAACUGCUUCACACUGAGAAGAGUGCUGAUGAUUAUAAUGCUGCUGAUGAUGUACUGAAGAAACUAAAAAAGGAACUGGAGAACCAGAGAAAACAACUUGAGGAUGAACUUGAUGACGCAAAGGUGCAACUCCAGGAAAACAAAGAGCAGCUUCAGUUAGUGGAGAUGAAACUAACACAAAAAGACACAUCUGAAAAACCAGAGGCAUUAUUAAUGGAAAAACAAAAACUUCUACACGAUCAAUGGACACUGGAUGAGAAAAAGAAGAAUUGUGAGAGAGAAAUCCUGAAAAGAGAGGAGUUGCUGGAGCUAACAGAGGGGCCAUCUUGCUAG